UAGACCUGCAAAAGUAAUAAAUACUGUGCUCUAUCUAAAUGUUAAAUAACUAUAAUUUACUGCUAAUAGAAAACUAGUACUCAAAUUCUUAAUAUCCAAAUUUUGAACAUAUCUCUGAAAAGUAAUAAUGAGUGAACACAGCAUAGAAAAGCUACAAGAAGUGUUGAGUGGGUGCAUUAAAAAAAGUCAAAUAAUUUCAGACAAGAAAAUCACUAAUUUGACUGCUCCAGGAGAAAACUUUGGUAGUAUAAUGUUAAAACUGGACAUAACCCUGAAGGACGAAAAAGAUGGUACGGAAGAGGAACUACAUGCUGUGGCUAAAAUGAUUCCUGCAAAGGAGUUUACAAGAAUGGUGUUCAACAUCCAAGUGACUUUCAAGAACGAAAUUGCUUUGUAUAACGUCAUCGCACCCAUACUUCGAGAUUUCCAAAGGGAAAACGGCAUAAAUCAAGUAAUCGACUGUUUCCCGGAAUUUUACGGAGCUAGGAUAAACCUAAGCGAAGAAAAUGACACUGUAGAUGAGGAUGCCGUUCUUAUACUGGAAAAUCUGAACUUUCAAGGAUAUCAAGUCGUAGACCGCUACGUAGGAUUCGACCUAGAGACCGCCCAGUUAAUACUCAAAGACUUGGCAGCUUUCCACGCCAUACCACUGGCUCUGAAACUGAGGAAACCAGAAGUGUUCGAAAGCAAAAUCAGGCCGUAUCUGGAUCCAUUCGAACAACCUCCUUCGCCUCAUGAUGAACAAUUAAUCUCAACAUUAAUUGAAAUCUUUCAGGAGUCAAACAAAUGUAUACCUUGGAUGCCAAAAGUGAAAGAGAAUUUUAAAAUCAAUGAAACACUGCAAAAUGCAGCACGAAGAGAACCGUUUUCAACCAUAACCCAUGGGGAUAUGUGGGUAAAUAAUAUCAUGAUAAAAUUUCAGAACCGACUUCCAGUUGGUCACAAAUUAGUUGAUUUUCAAGGUUGCGGCUACAAAACUCCAGCCAUAGACGUAUUCUUCUUUCUCUUCACAAGCGUUCAACUGUCGGUGCUUCAAGACAAUUUCGACGGUUUGAUUGAAUUUUACCACAAACAUUUUAUUUCCCAUUUGGAGAAGUUGAAAUGCGACACUGCUCCAUAUAGUUUACCUAAGUUUUUAGAAGAAAUGAAAGCAGCGACGUCAUUCCACUUAUUACACACUAUUUUCAUGUUACUGUUUGUAGUAUUUGGGAAAAAGGGGGGUUCUUUGGAAGAUUUCGAUCCGGAGGUUCUGCUUAAAAACGAAAAAGUUAAGGCAAACAUAAUCCCAGCUGCGAAAGAAAAAGCAUGGUAUCUAAUUCAUACAUGUGGCACAAGAGGAUGGCUAGAAUAACAUUAUUACUUUUAAAAAUUGGUAUUAUUCAACAUUUUUGGAGCGUUUAUUAGGUAUAUUUCUCGAAGAGACAAAAAAUAGUUAGGCAGUACAAUUUACGAAAAAAAUGGAAACCACUUUAUACGGUCGAUAGCAGCACGGUUUAAGGCGUCAGUACUUAAAUCGAUGUGUCGAUCUGCCCGGGUUUCGAAUCCCACGGCCGGUAGACCGUA